AAUAUCGACGUUUCAUUUACCGGGUGUCCUAAAUCCGACUGCACUUUCGCGUCGACGUUAGUCGUGUUAUUACGAUGAAUUGUUUAAGUUUAAUAUUACGAUUUAUAUCCUUUGUUUACAAAAAAGCGUGUGUUGAUCUUAGUUUAAAUGUGUAACGUGCUGAGAUGACUAACGUACGCGGAUUUAAGCUUUCGGCGGGAGUUUGGUUUGACGUUCUGCUACGUGUCUUUCUGGCAGUGCUAUUCGUGGAGCUGGAAAAAGCAGAACCAUUUACAAGAAAAAUUCACGAAGAUGAAUUAUGGUUGUACAAAAAUCCAAGAACAGAUUCUUUUGUGCCAACCACAGUAUUAUGGCCUCUUGUAUUUAUGAUGCCGAUUAUUGUUAUUUGUUUCUUUUUUAUAAUGCACAAAGAUAAAGUUGAUCUUCAACAGUCAGUAUUAUCUGUAACAUUAGCCCUAGGAUUUAAUGGUCUUAUUACAGAUAUUUUGAAACUUAUAGUAGGUCGUCCAAGGCCAGAUUUCUUUUGGCGUUGUUUUCCAGAUGGUCAAAUAAAUCCGGGAUUUAAAUGUACUGGAGAUCCAAUUGCUAUUAGAGAUGGAAAGAAGUCAUUCCCAAGCGGACAUUCCUCAUUUGCGUUCGCUAGUUUUGGAUUCAUCUCCUUGUAUCUAGCUGGAAAACUACAUACAUUUAGUCUGGCAGGAAAAGGACAAUCAUGGAGAUUAUGUAUGUUCUUUCUACCAUUCUGUAUAGCUCUUACUAUUGCAUUAAGCAGAACCUGUGAUUACCAUCAUCAUUGGCAAGACGUAGCAGCAGGAUCAAUAAUAGGUUAUUGCUUAACAUAUAUUUGCUACAGACAUUAUUAUCCUCCGUUAGAUUCACCAUAUUGUGAUAAACCAUACAUUGCGCUUACGUUACAAAUUCAAUCAGACAUCAAAUAUAAGAAGAGUGAAGAAAUUAAGUGGAUAUAAAAGUGGAGUGUAUUUCUAUCUGUUUGUUGUAUAAAAAUAUCUUAAUCGGUA